AUGGAUCAGGUCUACAUCUCCCACCCGCAGAAUGCCGCCGAGGCCAAGCAGUUCUCUGCGCCUGCGUCGCUCUCUUUCCCCGGCGCGCAAGGCCACUUGACACCACCGAACGAGUCGCAACAGGCACCCAAGAAUGGGAUGAAUGGUCAACAGCAAGGAGGGAAUGCCGUGCAACCCGCGAGCAAUGGGGUGACUCCCGCAACUCCAGCUGCUACUCCAGGACAAGCCGGGACUGGGGUGUCGGGUAUCGUUCCCACACUGCAGAACAUURUCGCARCGGUGAACUUGGACUGCCGCCUCGAUCUCAAGACCAUUGCCCUGCACGCCCGAAACGCCGAGUACAACCCGAAGCGUUUCGCGGCCGUCAUCAUGCGCAUUCGAGAGCCCAAGACCACCGCACUCAUCUUCGCUUCCGGCAAGAUGGUUGUGACUGGUGCCAAGUCUGAAGAUGACAGCAAACUCGCCUCGCGCAAGUAUGCUCGCAUCAUCCAGAAGCUUGGCUUCAACGCGAAGUUUACGGACUUCAAAAUCCAGAACAUCGUGGGCAGUUGCGACAUCAAGUUCCCCAUCCGUCUUGAGGGUCUUGCUAGCCGUCAUCACAUGUUCUCUAGCUACGAGCCCGAACUCUUCCCCGGUCUCAUCUACAGAAUGAUGAAGCCGAAGAUUGUGCUUCUCAUCUUCGURUCUGGCAAGAUAGUCCUCACCGGUGCCAAAGUCCGUGAGGAGAUCUACCAGGCCUUCGAGCUCAUCUACCCCGUCCUUUCGGACUUCCGCAAGACCUAG